UUUCCUGUACCCGUUAGUUUUUUUACUUUUCGUCCCAGUGUUGCGCAACUGCUGCUUUUCUGCUUUCUUUCCAGCACCUUUCUUCUGGUCGACAUGUCGGAGUACAAUGCGGUGCCUGCAGCGGGACCCGGGGACCCUCUGAACGGGCAGACAGCUCUCGGGAACGGGGCAGGAGGCAUCCAGAAAGAUGCGUUCGCGGACGCAGUGCAGCGGGCCCGGCUGGUGAGGAGGAGGGAGAUUGCAGCAAAGAUUGGAGUUGAUGCUGGUCCUCCUCCCACGAACAACAACACUGCAUCAGAUGGCUUUCCCUUCACUGCACAAAAACGGCAGCUGGAGGAUGCAGAUGAACCAGAGAGUAAAAAGCUGGCUGCUCAGAGUGACUUGGAUUCAGCCAAUGCAUUGUCUAUUGGUGAACAACUGGCUGCUCUUGCACAACAAAGUUCCAGGCCUGCCUCCAACACAGAGGAAUACAGUGUCCCGGACAGCAUGGUGGGACUCAUUAUUGGCCGUGGGGGUGAACAGAUCAAUAAGAUUCAACAGGAGUCCGGUUGCAAGGUUCAGAUAGCUCCAGACAGUGGAGGCCUUCCAGACAGGAGCGUGUCUCUCACAGGUUCCCAAGACUCCAUACAGAAUGCCCGGAGGCUUUUGGAAGAGAUCGUGUCUCGAGGGAGGGGUACGCCACCUUCUUCUUAUCACGAGUCCACCAACGGGCAGAGCGGCACGGUGCACGAGAUGAUGAUCCCAGCAGGCAAGGCUGGGCUGGUCAUUGGAAAGGGAGGAGAGACUAUCAAACAGCUGCAGGAGCGUGCAGGGGUGAAGAUGAUUCUGAUCCAGGAUGUCACUCAGGGACCCAACGUCGACAAGCCCCUACGCAUCAUCGGAGAUCCCUACAAAGUCCAACAAGCCCAGGAGAUGGUGCAGGACAUUCUGAGGGAGAGGGACCACGGUGGCUUCAAUGAAAGAAAUGACUUCAGCGCCCGGAUGGGAGGAGGCAUGGAUAUUCCUAUACCGAGACACUCAGUCGGUGUGGUUAUCGGGCGCAAUGGAGAGAUGAUCAAGAAAAUCCAGAAUGAUGCCGGAGUUAGGAUACAGUUCAAACAAGAUGAUGGGACUGGUCCAGAUAAGAUCGCACACAUCAGUGGCCCCCCUGACUGCUGCGACCACGCUUCUCAGAUCAUCAACGACCUGCUGCAGAGCAUCAGGGUCCGGGAUGAGGGACAGGGGGUAAAUGGUCCCCCAGGUCCUCCAGGCAUGCCUGCAGGCAACAGGGGUCGAGGUGGGGGUCAAGGCGGCUGGGGGCCCCCUGGAGGGGAAAUGACCUUCUCUAUUCCUGCCCACAAGUGUGGACUUGUGAUUGGCCGGGGAGGAGAGAACGUUAAAUCCAUCAACCAGCAGACAGGGGCCUUUGUAGAAAUCUGCCGACAACCGCCCCCCAACGGAGACCCCAACUUCAAGAUCUUUAUCAUCCGGGGCUCGCCGCAGCAGAUCGACCACGCCAAGCAGCUCAUCGAGGAGAAGAUUGAGAUCCCCCUGUGUCCUGUGGGCCCGGGACCAGGUGGACCAGGUCCUGGAGGUCCAAUGGGUCCCUACAACCCUGACCCAUACAACCCUGGACCGCCUGGGGGGCCCGGACCACCACAUGGUGGUCCUCACCAGUACCCCCCUCAGGGCUGGAGCAACACCUACCAGCAGUGGCAGCCCCAGGCCCCCCAUGACCCCAGCAUGGCAGCAGCCAAUGACCCCAACGCAGCCUGGGCGGCCUACUACGCUCAGUACUACCAUCAGCCGCCACGGGGGGGUCCAGCCCAGAACCCCGCUACCCCGGCAGGAGGAGGGGCCCAACCUUCAGGGGAGCAGACCCAGCCUGCAGACCAGCCAGACUACAGCAAGGCCUGGGAGGAGUACUACAAGCAGAUGGGCCAGGCAGCAGGCGGCUCUGCCCCUGCACCUGCUGCACCUGGAGAAGCAGCGGGGGGGGCAGCGUCCAAAGCGGGGGGGGAGCCGGACUACAGCGCUGCCUGGGCGGAGUACUACCGGCUGCAGGCGUCGUACUACGGACCGACCGGACAGGCGGCCGGACAGCCAGCCGCUCCACAGCAGGGACAGGUCGGUACAGAGCGAGGCUUUCGUCCUGUUUCUGUGGACCCUGCAUCUGACACCGAGACGCAGUGAUGGCAGAAGGAAUCAGGAAGACAGGAUGAAGAAGACGACCGCGAAUUUAAGUCCAGGAUCCAGCCUGUUUAUCUUUUAUUUAGA